AUGACGAAAUUGUACGUAGGGAAUUUGAGCUACAGCACAACGGAGGACAGUCUUAAGACUCACUUUGAGUCGUUUGGGAAGAUCAAAGAGUGCCACCUCAUCACAUUCAGAGGAUACUCAAAAGGAUUUGCCUUUGUUGAGUACGAAAACACAGACGACGCUAAAAAGGCAAUUUCGUCGAACGGUGUAGAAUUUGAUGGAAGAAAGUUGAGAGUCGAAUUCGUCAAAGAGAAAACUGAAGAGAAGAGAGAGCCACGCGCCCCAAGAGCAUACCGCGAACAAAGACCACAGAGAGAACAAAGACCACAAGGUGAGGAGAACAGAGCGAGAGGCUAUCGACCACACAGACGUGCGCCAAGAAGAUACCAACAUGACGAGAAACGUGUCGAAAGCGACACAGAGAUUUUCGUGAGAAAUUUGGGGAUGGAAGUCAACGACGAACAAUUGAAAAAAAUGUUCGAGGCUUUUAAUGUUGUUUCAGCACAUGUCGCGACUUUCAAGUACAGAGGAAAAACUGAGUCGAAGGGAUUCGGUUUUGUUGAAGUGAAAAGCAAAGAAGACCAAAAGGCUGCCAUCGAAAAGUUGAACAACACAAAACAAGGCGAAAAAGAAAUUGCUUUAGCCCCCGCUUUCAAACCAAUCGAGAAGAAGAAAGAAGAGAAAACACCAGAAGAUCUUUCUGAUGUCUCCGUCUUUGUGAGAAGUUUGUCUUAUGAUGUGCAGGAAAGUGACUUAAAGACCCUUUUCGAGGGAUUCGACAUUGUUUCCGCAAGAAUUGCAUCGUAUAGAUUCAACGGAAAGGUCAUUUCAAAAGGUUUUGCCUUUGUUGAACUUAAGACCCCAGAACAACAAAAGGCUGCUAUUGAAAAGCUCAACGGAAAGACCCUCCUCAACAAGCCUGUCGUGUUGACCAAGGCCUACAAGCAAAAACAAACAAAUAAAGCCUAA